AUGGGCCACCAGAGCAACCAACCAUGGCUCGACAGCCUGUCUGACGACUGGGAAUCAGCGCCUGCGACACCCACAACUCCCGGGCCCGCGCCAAACAAACUGCGAUCACCAAAACAGCGGACCCCCCAGACGAAUUCCCCAAGUCGCAUUCCAGUGGCCGCUCGCCGCCCCGACCAACAGUCGCCCGCCAGCGGUCGAAAGGUCACUCGCCCAUGUCAUUUCCACAGGAGGGAGCCGCCAACCCCGAAAACACCGCGAACCCCCAAAAUCCUCUCCAAACCACGAUCCCCCGACCCAUCCAAGCUCAAAACAAAGACCCCGACUGCCAGCCCGAAGGUGAAUUCCAGACCGAGUCCGAGGCCAAUCGCGAAAAGCCCACGGUCCGCCUCUAAACCCAGCGCGGCUACUGCCGUGAAAGCUGGUAAACAAUCCGCCAAACAGCCAGACGUGAUGGCGACGCGCUCUCCCCUCCGAGCGGUCUCCAAUGUAUCCAACCAGUCCGACUAUGAGGCAACCGACACCGUUCAGAUCAAACCGAAAAAGAGUCAUGAGGGCGCAGGCACCCCAGAAUGGCGAAAGCGCCUGGUGCGCGGAGAAAUCCCGGUGGGAGAACAACGCGAUCUUUUCGCGCCAAUGGGCCUAGAAAGCGUAUUCAAGCCACCCACCCCCGGGUCUGUGACCCAGGAAUCAAUCGCAUUUGCCAAACAGGACGAUCAUCCGUGGGACUUCACCGAUGCGACCUCCCGGCAAGGCAGCCUCAUGCAGCGAGACGAGCCUGACCUCAACGAUCGCGACUCCCAACGCGCCAGCGACGAUGAAGACUCGGGUACUGGCAUGUUUUCGCCGUUGGGCACGGUCAAUCGGGCACCCUGGGCGGACAAGCGACCCCGCGCCGAUCAGUAUACAGAGGGCUUGUCACAAGGAGAUACCGACAUUCGCACCGCGAGCGGGCUGGAGGACCUUCGCAACGAGGGUAUUACACCGAUUACCUUCACUCGCAACAAUACUAUCGAGGGCAACGGCACCUCCGAAGUGAUUAAGUCUGCUUUGAAGCAGGAUCUGUCCAUGGGCACGUUGGACUUCAGCCGCCGCAAAGGCAAUCGUCCUUUCCACCAACAAUUCUCUCCUUCGCCCUUUCCAUCCUAUCGCAUCCCUCCCAAAAGUCUCGCGAACGUGAAAACCCGCAGCUCCCCUCUUUUCAGCCGCUCACAGACCAACGGUUCCCCCUCACUCCCUCGACCUUCCUCCUCCCACGUGCGCCCUUCGACGUCCGGGGAUGCUGUCCCAAGAACAGGAGCCAUGCCAUCAGGAAGCCCCCUCAAGCUGUUUGGUGAGCAUGAUACCUUCACGAACAACCGUCUUCUCCGUCGCAUGAGUCAAUUUGAGGAGACCUUCGAGGAUGGCUCAGACGGUGAUGAGCCUCCUUCACCCUCGGAAGAAGCACGCCGGAAAGGAGAAGGCCGCGGCUUUCUGAACGUGCGACACGAGCCUUUGAGCGAAAUUACUCCCCGUCGAAGCGAACGCUCCCCCUCUCGUAAUGCUCAGCGGCCUCGACUGACUCGUUUCGGAGAUGGCGAGUUGGACAAGUAUGACUUCUCUGAUACAAGCCCUUACGAGCACAAGCUAGUCUAUGACGAAUCCCAGGGCUUGAAUACCCGUCCGUCUUCUAGAAAGAGAUCUUCAGGGCGACAUUACCUUCGCCGUGGGUCGCGAGAAGGAUCGAUCAAGCAGACGAGGUCCGCAAGCUCUAGCUUUACCCGGAAGCCGUCCGCGUGGAUGCGUCAAAGCUAUUACAAGCACGGCGGCGACGCAACAUGGUCUUCGUCGCGGGGUCAUAACAAGGAGAACAUCCCAUUCGCCGAAACAAAAAGAGUCCCCAAGAAAGCAGCGGAUCCGAACCCCAAACGUCGUCGGACUGUCGUUCGCGAAACCAACGAAGCAAUGCAACAGCUUCACCAAGCAGGUGAACUCUCACCGAUCCAAAUCCGCUCGGCCAAGUCAUCCAAGAUCGCACCGAGCAGGCAAUACUCGGAAUCUAACUUCGACAAUCUCGAUUACUCCGAUUCAUUCUCCCUCGACGGAGAUAUCCCUCUGGUCAAGGUCACUGGUACAAGCGAUUCUUCCCGGAAAGGGUCCAUCACAACCCAGGACUACCUUAACGAAGCGACGAAAAUCAUGGAUCUGAUCCGUGCCAAAGGAAGGCCUGCACCAGGAUUAUCAAGCGUCCAAGAAUCUGAACUGGACAAUGGCGAUCCAGAUAACGAUGAUCCUGAUCUUACUUACGAAGAUGAGUCUAGUCGGGAGGCAUUUUCUCGGCCCCCUAGCCGCGAUGGGACAGACCUUCGGAGGAAGGGGGAGUUCAAUGAGUCUGCUAUGUCGCUGAACAUGCAUCCGAAGCAUCGAGAUGGCGGGGCUGGAGAGGAGAGAAGAGCAGACAGACUUGCACCUGGCACUAGAAAGCGGAAGCCUAGUGGCCCAAUGGAUGACAUUGCGGAUACCAUUGCCCAAGAUCUGAUGACGAUCAACACUCAAAUGUCCGGCUUCAGCAUCAAUUCUGUUCCCACGGGAUCUUCUCAAAAUUCACAAGCGAAGGGGAUGUUAUCUUCGGAAAUGCAUUCAUGGGUCAAGCCCAAUGGCCAGAAUCUUGCACCAAAAGCCUCUCUGGGUGAGGAAAACGACCCGUUUCAGGACAUCCCAGAUCUAAGUGUGGACGAGUUGCAAGAGAUGAUGCGAACCAAUGGGCCCGAGUCUCCUUCAAAGCCUUUGUCAGCUCGUAAGCCCGAAGAAGCGACCGAGAGCCAGCCCGACGCCAACCUGCAACCGGGCGGCAGAGCUCCGUCGGUCAACGAGAGCUCCGUGGAUUCCAAGGGUUCUCGUUCAUCAACUGGACCAGCUGGCACAAGGGCGACUUCAUGGAGCACUGAUGAGGUUCAGCAGAAGGAUAGUCACCAAGAUCUGGAUGCUCAUGGCGUCCAAAAGGAUAGCCAUCGAACCGAUGCCCCUUCACAAUCGAACCAGGGGACUAGCUUAUCUCGAACUUCAUCUCAUUCGGGACGCGAAAUAUCAGUGGGAGGCGAGAACUUCAUUCGACGGCCUGUAUCAAGAAUCGACGAGCAAGUCGAAGAAGGCAGUGAAUACGGCCUCGUUCGUCGAGAGUCUAUGGAUGUUCAGCAAACUCCAGGCCCCGGCUCUGGGCGUUCGCUGGUUCCUGUUCACUCAGAGGGACAUGACACCAGUUAUAGCUUCCAUCUGAGCCCGCUCGCUGAGUUCUCGGUCAACCAACCCGAUCAUCUUGAACAUUCCCUGAAUUUGGAGAUGAGUUAUGUCGCCGAGCGUACGCACCCAACAUCCCUUCGACAAGUCCAUGGUGCAUUUGCGCUUGCAGACGAGGACUUGGUCAAGCAUAUCACGGAUGUUGAGCCGUAUGAACCGUACUGGGAACAUGUACGCCGGUUGGCGCUUCGUCAGAAAGGCCUUCUUACCCUGCACAAGCUCGGCGAGUAUUGCCCUCGCCUCGAAGAUCUUGACGUCAGCGACAACGAGAUUGGCCAAUUGAGUGGCGUACCGACCACCCUACGGACUCUAAAGAUCCCUAGAAAUCAUCUUUCGGAAUUGACUUCAUGGGGUCAUUUAAGCAACUUGCAGUACUUGGAUAUCUCUGGAAAUGACAUCGAGACCCUGGAUGGGUUUUCGAGCUUGAUUCACCUCAGAGAGCUCAAGGCGAAUGAUAACCAGAUUCGAAGCAUUGACGGAAUUCUCGAACUCAACGGCCUUCUUAGCCUCAAGUUAAGCAACAACUCGAUGACCACUGUUGACUUUGAGGGAUGCGAGCUCACACGUCUUCGUGACCUUGACCUGAGUCAUAAUGGCUUAACCGCCGUUCGAAAUAUCGAGUGGCUCCCGGCCCUUGCUACACUGGACCUGAGUGCCAACCAGAUCGAUCUGUUGGAGCCUGUGGCAUCGCUUAUCAGCCUUCGUGCGUUAAGAAUUUCCGAGAACCGGCUUGACCACCUGGACAUGAAGAAUUUCCCGUCUUUGAGUCUCUUGUAUCUGGAUCACAACCGACUAUCCAGUAUAAGUGGCCUGGGUCAUUGCCACAACUUGGAAGUGCUCUCUCUGCGAGAACAGUCCCACCCGAGGGACCCGGCGGCCGAAAUUACUCUCGACUUGGACCUCGGCGCCGUGAAAGAUAUCCGCAAAGUAUUCUUGUCAUCUAACCAGCUGUCCUCCCGAUGCCUUUCUCCGUCUUCUCCUCUUCUGCGCCUUCAGCUGCUUGAUAUCGCAGCUUGCACCUUGCCUCGCCUCCCCAGCGACUUUUCCUCCAGCUUCCCCAACGUGAAGGUGUUGAAUAUGAAUUUCAACUCCCUUGCUGACUUAGAGCCACUCGUCGGCAUGAAUUGCCUCUCACGAUUGACCAUGGUCGGCAACCGCCUUGCUCGAAUGAGAAGGGUCUGCCAGGUUCUCAGUCGCCUGGGAAGAAAUGGACGGAACAAUCCAUGUUCUCUUCAGAAAUUGGACAUUCGGGGCAAUCCCCUGACUGUCGGAUUCUACCGCCCGGCCGUUACCGGGAGUGGGAAGCAAGAUGAUCGCCGAAAACUUAAGAACCAAGAGAAGGCCGCUGUCGAGCAGCAGAAGAAUCGCCGAGAUCUCUCCGACGCCCUAACCGAUCUUAAUGAGAAUGACCAUGUCGUCCAAGCCGUCACUUGGGAAGAGGAUGGAAAACCUGAGACCGACAUCGAAGUCAACGAUCCCUUUACACUCCCGCGAGCGGACCCGCACGCCGAUGAAAAAUAUCUCGGCCACCUAGACCGCGCUACCCGGCUCCGUCGGAAGGUCCUCGAGCUUCUCUUAUACGCUGGUACAAGUGGUUCUCUCCACACGCUGGACGGUCUGGAGCUUCGGCCUUCGUUGGGGAAUCACUCAGCGGAUAUGGGACAGGCGUGGACCAAACUUGAGGAGCUCGGUGUCUUGCGUAAGAAGGCCAUCACUGACAAACCUUCUUCCAAUUGA